GCACGCAUAAACCCUAGCUUUCGCUGAAACCCUCCUCCGAUCGUCUUCUCUGUGGCCAGUCACGAUCGCCGGACUCCGGCCACCGGUCGCCGGUCAACUGCGCUGUCGACAUUCCUAAACUGCGGUGGCAACGUUGGUUCCUGGUUCUUAUAGCAGAUUAUAAAUAGCUUUUUGUGCCCAAUCGACAUACCUUGCUUGGGUUUCCGUUUAGGUUGCCAGAGAUGAAGGUCAAAGUGAUUUCUCGCUCCACUGAUGAUUUCACCCGAGAACGCAGUCAAGAUCUUCAUAAAGUGUUCCGGAACUAUGAUCCAAAUCUUCGGACACAAGAAAAGGCUAUUGAGUAUACCCGUGCUCUCAAUGCUGCUAAGUUGGAGAAGAUUUUUGCAAGACCUUUAAUUGGUGCCAUGGAUGGGCAUAUCGAUGCAAUCUCUUGCAUGGCAAAGAAUCCCAAUCACUUGAAAGGGAUUUUUUCUGGUUCAAUGGAUGGAGACAUACGGCUUUGGGAUAUGGCUACCAGGAGAACAACUUGUCGCUUCAAUGGUCAUCAAGGUCCUGUUCGUGGUUUAACAGUUUCUACUGAUGGCAACGUUCUUGUAUCUUGUGGCAAUGAUUGCAGUGUCAAGCUCUGGAAAGUGGCAAGCACUUUUGAGUCUAGUGAUACAGUUGAAGAUGACGAGCCGCUGGCGAAUUAUGUUUGGAAAUAUGCUUUCCGGGCUGUUGAUCACCAAUGGGAGAGCAAUAUUUUUGCAACUGGUGGUGCACAGGUUGAUAUUUGGGAUCAUAACAGAUCAAAUCCAGUGAACAGUUUUGAGUGGGGAACAGCUACAAUAGUUUCCUUGCGGUUUAACCCUGGAGAGCCUAAUGUGCUUGCUACAUCAGCUAGUGACCGUAGCAUAACUCUUUAUGAUUUGCGCAUGUCUUCUCCAGCUAGGAAAGUCAUUAUGAAGACGAAAACUAAUGCUAUAUGCUGGAACCCAAUGGAACCGAUGAACUUUACAGCUGCAAAUGAAGAUUGCAACUGCUACAGUUAUGAUGCAAGGAAACUGGAUGAGGCCAAAUGUGUUCAUCAAGAUCAUGUUUCUGCUGUGAUGGAUAUUGACUACUCGCCAACAGGUCGGGAAUUUGUCACUGGUUCUUAUGAUAGAACAGUAAGAAUAUUUCGUUACAAUGGUGGUCAUAGCAGGGAAAUUUAUCACACAAAGAGAAUGCAAAGGGUGUUUUGUGUCAAAUAUAGCUGCGAUGGGACUUAUGUUAUUUCUGGGAGUGAUGACACCAAUCUUCGGCUAUGGAAGGCUAAUGCUUCAGAGCAACUUGGAGUACUACUUCCUAGAGAGCGUAAGAAGCAGGAAUACUUAGAUGCUGUCAAGAAUCGAUACAAACACCUUCCUGAUGUGAAGCGCAUCAUCAGGCAUCGACACUUGCCAAAACCUAUCUACAAGGCAGCUGGCUUGAGACGAACAAUGGUUGAAGCUGAAAGAAGGAAAGAUGAAAGGAGGAGAGCGCACAGUGCCCCUGGCAGCACUUCUGUGCAGCCGUUCAGGAAAAGAAGGAUCAUACAGGAAAUUGAGUGACUUGGUCAUCCAUGGAAAAACACAAGUAGCACAAUUAAACUCCGAGCUAUUGUUUUGAAGCUAGCAAAGUGCAAGGCUUGGUUGGAAAUGAGUUCUUCUGUUUCGGUUGUAAAAUUCUGUUUGUAACUUUUGAUUUUGGCCCUAAUAUUAUUAUCAUGUCAUACGCAGAAAUAAAAAUUAUUAUUAUUAUAUUAUUAUUAUUAUUACUA